AUGGAGUUGAUGGAACCCAAAAAGAAGAAAUACUGUAAACUCCCGAAAAAAGUUUCCUUACCGAUAACUUUGAAGAAAGAUGGCACAAUUCAUAAGAUACAAGGCAUCUUCAAUGGUUUUUCUGUGACUGUCAAUGAUGAAGAAGAUAUGAAGAACAUUAUUUCCAUGGGAUACUUUGGAAAAGCUAAUUUAUCCAGAAAUUAUCCACAAUUCAGCAGCAACAGCAAAGUUGAGAUUCUAAGAUAUAGACAAUAUGAAAGAAGAAAACACUGGGGCACAAAAGGAGAUAAUGGAGCUUUGAAAAAAGUGAUAGUGGUGCCUGAUUCAGAUUCUGAUGAUGACUUCUUUACAAAUUUGAAGCCACAGUACCAAAUAGACAAGUCUGGAAUUAGAGAAAGUGUUUGGCUUAGCUUAGAAGAAGCCUUUUUUCUUUUACAUUCUGUGGGAUGUUUGGACAUAAGGGAAGGAAAUGAUUACUUGAAUGCAAGUGACUGUUGGAAGUUAUUUUCUGAAACAGAUGCACAGUUCAAAUAUAAUUACAUUGUGUACUACUACUUCAGAGCUAAAAACUGGGUGGUUAAGCCUGGUAUCAAAUUUGGAGGAGACUACUUGUUAUAUAAGCAAGGCCCACCAUUCUACCAUGCAUCUUAUGUUGUCAUAAUUGAAAUUCUGGAUGACUGUCACAGUAAAAUAGAAGACUUAUGUAGAAGAUCAAUGGAUAAAGUGUCUGUUAUGAGUUUAAAUAGGUUGUGUGAAACAGGAGGUAAAGAACUGAUGAUAUGUGAAAUUAUACUAAAUAAAAAUGAAGACAUUCAUUAUGAAACCCUUGAUAAGAUAAGGAUAAAUGAAAUUUUAGUAAAAAGGUGGAUAAUAACACAUGAUCUUCCAUGA